CCCUUUAAGCGGCGGGGUGUAGCAGCAGCAGCUCCCGAGCCUCCUGAAGCGGAUUACGGCUCCGCCGCUGCGUCUGUCCGGCCGCUGCUCCACCGACGGACCACCAACGCCCCUCCAUCCGAGUGAGCCGAGCCGAGCCUUCCCCUCCCUCCCCCGGCAGCCCUCAGCCCUCAGCGGGGACGCGGCCCGGAUCCGUGCCUGGAUGCGCAGCUCCUGCCGGAAACAUGGAUUUCAACGUCAAAAAGCUGGCUUCGGACGCGGGGGUCUUCUUCACCCGGGCGGUGCAGUUCACAGAGGAGAAGCUGGGCCAGGCGGAGAAGACGGAGCUGGACCCUCACCUGGACAACCUGAUCAGUCGGGGGGACAGCACUAAGAACUGGACCGAGAAGAUCUUGAGGCAGACGGAAGUCCUGCUGCAGCCCAACCCCAUCGACCACACCGGUGCCCGGAUAGAGGAGUUCAUCUAUGACAAGCUGGACAAGAAGCUUCCGUCCAGGACCACCAACGCCGAGCUGCUGGGCCAGCACAUGCUGGAGGCCGCCGCCGACUUCGGCCCCGAGACGCCGUACGGCAGCACGCUGAUCACCGUCGGGGAGUACCAGAAGAGGCUGGGGAGCGCCGAGCGCGAGUUCCUCCAGACCUCCGCCGCCAACUUCCUCUGUCCGCUCCGUAACUUCCUGGAGGGGGACUGGAGGACCAUCUCGAAAGAGCGGAGGAUCCUGGAGAACCGGCGGCUGGAUCUGGACAUCUGCAAGGCGCGCCUCAAGAAGGCCAAGCAGGCCGAGGCCAAGGCCGCGGCUGCGCCAGAUUUCCAGGAGACGCGACCUCGGAACUACGUCCUGUCUGCCAGCGCGUCCGCGCUGCUGAGCGAGGAGGUGGACAAGGCCGAGCACGAGCUCCGUGUGGCUCAGACCGAGUUCGACCGGCAGGCCGAGGUGACCAGGCUGCUGCUGGAGGGCAUCAGCAGCACGCACCUCAACCACCUGCGCUGCCUGCAGGACUUUGCGGAGGCCCAGGCCACGUACUACGCCCAGUGUCACCACUACAUGCAGGACCUGCAGCGGGAGCUCAGCAGAUCUGCUAAUGCCGUCGGCGCCCCACACUCCUCCUCCGCCGCCGCCGUCGGCCCCCCCGCCGCCACCGCCGCCGCCGCGCCGGGCCAGAAGCCCGGCACGCUGUCCAUGGAGCAGGUGCAGCUGCCCGUCACGGGAGCCCGGAAGGCCAAGGUGCUGUACGACUACGACGCCCACGACGGCAGCGAGCUGUCCCUGCUGGCCGACGAGCUCAUCACGGUGUACACCGUACCAGGACUGGACCCCGACUGGCUGGUCGGAGAGCGAGGGAACGACAAGGGCAAAGUGCCGGUCACCUACCUCGAACUGCUGAGCUAAUGGACCAGACAUCACACACACACACACACACACACACACACACACACACACACACACACACACACACACACACACACACACACACACUCACUGUCUCCCGUCGUUCUGUGUUCUGCUCUGUAUCAAACUCUUAUGCAAAGCGCCUGCUGAUGAGGACGCUGAAGCGCCGCGUGACAAACACUUUAUUUUGACGUGGCCGACUUCCUCUUUACUCCACCGGUGUGUUUCCCGUGUGUGACGAAGCCGUGCUGACACACACACACACACAGUUCAUGGCUUGUCUUAACACUCCCACAUUCGUCUUCAUUUAGAAGCUGGGCUCAUGACGCUGACGUUAACGUGUGACGCAGCGGAAAUGAUCCCCGGAGCAGGAAACGCCAAACUCCACUGAACGAGGAGAGGAAGUGAAGGUGGAACUCAGGGAUUACUGGAUGGAACACAAGUUUAAAAAAAUGAGCCCAACAGGUUGAUUUAGUGUUGAAAAAAACGUAUAAGAUGUGAUCAUGUUGAACAAAAAGUAGAGAAACUGUUUGGCGUUAAUCUCAAUUAAUGAGUUUAAGUCACUACACAGGUCAUCCCCACGCUGAAUGGAGGAAACCAGAUGACAACCUUUCAAAAUAAGAGCAUUAAAAGGUUUCCAAUAGGCGCCUUCAAGAACACAAAGCAGCGUGACCUUUGAACUCGCUCCCUAUGCAACUGUGAGGCACGGCGGAGGGACCAUCAGGAGCCGGGCUCCCUCCCGCCCCGGCAGAUGGAUUUCAGCCUUCACUCUCUGUCACCGUUCAGCUCUCUGCGUUUCCUGGUCUCCGGUUCGAUCGCCGGUCUGUUGGCCGGCUUCCUGUAAACUCAGCAAUACAGACGCAGCAGGAAGCCGUGAGCUGAGGAGCUCAGACGCUUCUCUGAAUCCCCGCCGGCCCCGAUAGUCACACAGCUUCACUCGUGUUCGUGGAAAAAUCUGCUUUUCGUUAGACGAUCAGGCUUAGUCGGCAUGUUUCUCGUUAAAGGCGUCUCUUUUAUUUUGAGCUUCAGUGACUCAGCUGCAGCUGGUCUGAAACCACGUGAAUGGAGAGAAGUAAGGGAAGCGAGCUGGAAGGUGCUGCAGGAAUCCAGAAUGAGGGACUCUGUACACGCUGUCUGUUACCUCUGUGUCUGAUCUGUGAAACCUAGAGCAUGUGUGGGUUUUUGCAUGUGGGACAGUUCUCCUGGGAUCUUCGUCUAAAUGAAACUUUUCUGACCCGAUGGAUGAACUGAUGCUCAAACAGCCUGAUUUGGGGGCAUUUAGCUGAGAAGAGGCCGACCUGGACCCCGUCCUGGAGCCAGACCCGGACCUGGACCCCGUCCUGGAGCCAGACCCGGACCUGGACCCCGUCCUGGAGCCAGACCCGGACCUGGACCCCGUCCUGGAGCCAGACCCGGACCUGGACCCCGUCCUGGAGCCAGACCCGGACCUGGACCCCGUCCUGGAGCCAGACCCGGACCUGGACCCCGUCCUGGAGCCAGACCCGGACCUGGACCCCGUCCUGGAGCCAGACCCGGACCUGGACCCCGUCCCACUGAUCCCUCAGCUCCUCACUGCCAGCUCCCCGGCUUUUCCUUUCUCCUGUCAGCCCUGGACCUGGACUGGGCCUGGACCUGCUUGUUGUGUCCGGUCGCUGUCGGAAUGUGUGUUUGUUGUUUGAAGUGUUCUGCUCUUGUUUUGUCGUCUCGCUCUGGCAGCUCUGGAGAGACGCUGGUCUGAGGAGACCAGGUCUAAUGGCAGUGUUCCUGUUUGAGUGCUAAUGCAAUAAGUGUGUAUCGUCUUGUGAGGACCCCCCUCCCCUCCCGUAUACUUUGUUUCUUUUAAUCAUGAUUCCGGCUUUUCGUUUCAUUUUUCUGUAUAAUUUAACCUUGUAUAAUUUGCCAUUUUUAUUUUCAGAAGUUGAAUUGUUUUCACAACAAGACUUUUUGGUUCAUAUUUCGCGACUGUAGAAAGAAACGACCGUUUCUGCAUCUGUAUUUCCAGCUGUGACGGCUGCAGAUGUUUGGGUGUGUGUCAUCCUCGCACACUUUGAAAGCCCCUCAUUUCUGACCCCGGGGAGCACGGCCGUGCUACGUUUGCCUGUAACAUGCUUUUAAUUUGGAGUGCUCUGGAGAUGUUUCCUGUUUGGAGAGGUCCUCGCUUCAUGACGUCGUCCCUCUGAUGGCCACUGGUUUGAUGUGCAAUAAACAUGCAUGUGUGUUACAU